AAUACGGAAAUCCCAAUCCUCCUGCGGGAUUUCUUGUCCGCGAGCGCAAUGGCAUCCGGGUCGGGAACGUGGAGCGCGGAGGCGGAAGUGGACGAAUCGCUGCUGGCGGCCACGACGGACGUGGAUCUGCUCAAGCGGGCAUGGCGGAACGAGAAGGCGGCUCCCGAGAUCCUCCAGUUCGAGGCCUCCCUCGUCCUCCGCAUCCGGGAGCAAAUCAAGCUGAUAGAAGAAACUGUGGAGGAAUUUGUGGAUAAUGGUGUUGAUGAUCUCAUUGUUUCUCUUUACCAAAUGGAUUUGGAUCGCAGUUUAUUUCUUCUGAGAGCAUAUUUUCGGAUUCGUCUACAAAAGAUUGAGAAGUACGUGAUCCACAUAUCAAAGACUGACCUCUGGAACAAACUGUCUGAGCAAGAGCAGAAGUUCACAAAAAGGUGCAUAGAUAUAAUGGAGAAGCAUCUUAACCAAUCAGUGUUAGAAAGGUUGCCUUAUGGAUACCAGUCCAUUCUGAAACAAUCCAUCUCAAGUGAUGAAGAUGACAUGGUUCCCCAGCCCCAGCUAGAUACCUUCGUCUUUUGCAAGACCAAGGAUGCAGUUGGAGCUUUUCAGCUGGAUGACGUCGGGGAUGAGAUUAUUGACUUGGUUGCUGAUGACUUAAAUGUCGUCCGUUAUAAAUCAAUAAAAGGUCUAGUGGAGGCUGGCCAAAUUGAUCUUGUGUGACUCAAGUCUCAUGGAAAAUAAUGGGGAAGAAUUACCUUCUUUGCAUGGGAGUUGCUCAAGGAUCUGGUAAGAGGCUUACUUUUGUAUGUUGUUUGCUGCCUUUAGAUUUUUAAGAUAAUCUAACAUUUGUCUUUUGUCGUUGAUGAACCUCACAAUCUGUGCAUUGGUGUCUUGAUUGGGAAAAAUCAUGAGUAUUAGACUUGUUUAAUUUGUGUUGAUAUAACAUCCUGUAGACUUUGGUUUGAUUAGAGUCGUGAUUAAAGUUUAGCGAUAUUCCAA